CUCGGCCAGAGAAUCUAAACUCUAAUGUGGUGGGAGAGGUUAGCAAUCGAGAGCAGGCAGAUGUAUAGGCACCAAGGGUCCUCAUGCCGGUAGCCGUCCACAGCUAGCUGCACACGAGUACAGCAACAGUGUUUCGGCGUGUUAUUUGUAGCGCAAGCAUUCAGCGAUUCUGGUGAAUUUGUGAAGCCGCGGAACGCUGUCUACUCACCCAACUGCUAGACUGCAAGAAGCUGAUUGGGUAAAAUGGACUCCAGGAUGCCAACAGGUCAGAUAAAGGUCUUCUAGCAGAGAGUGGUGGUCACAGGGAAGUUGGAGAGAACCACUAAUACCAAGAAAGAAGGAUAUCAAAGAAGAGGAGUUUGAUUAUUUCCUCCAUAAGCAUAUUUUGACCAGUAAAUUGGAAGAUAAGACUAUAUUGUAAAAUAACUGUAAGACUGAGACACAAAUUUCAUCUACCUACAGAGAAAUGGAUUUCACACCAGUGGAAAUUAUAGAGGAAAACGAUUCUGAUUCUGGAGAAUAUGACCAGGAUGUCUCCUCAACUACAAAGCCCGUGUCUCUGGCCCAGAUGAAAAGGGUAUCAGUGGUGCUGGUGGACUGUUGUAGACCACAAGGACAGCGAGGGACGGACCUGCAGAUGCUGACCAAUGGAGAUGCAGAACAGCCCGAGACCAUUGUUGAAAGGAUCGCAAAUACGAAGAGUUUCAAGAGGGGGUCAGAUCUCAACCCACAUCGGACAACCCAUACUGGACAGAAGCCAUAUCACUGUUCAGAUUGUGGAAAGACUUUUGCUCAGGCAUUGUGUCUAAAGGUACACCAGAGGAUCCAUACUGGAGAAAAGCCAUAUCAUUGUUCAGAGUGUGAAAAAACUUUCAGAACAAGCGCAGCUCUUACUGACCAUCAGAGAAGAACACAUACUGGAGUAAAGCCAUAUCAGUGUUCAGAUUGUGGAAAGUCUUUUAUUCAGGCAAGUGAACUCCAGACUCACCAGAGGAUCCAUACUGGGGAAAAGCCAUAUCUGUGCACUACAUGUGGUAAGUCCUUCAGCCAACGCAGUAAUCUCAAGACUCACCAGAGGAUGCAUACUGGGGAACAGCCAUAUAACUGUUCAGAUUGUGGAAAGACUUUUACUCAGUCGUCUAAUCUCAAGACUCACCAGAAAAUCCAUACUGGGGAAAAGUCCUAUCAGUGUGCUACAUGUGGGAAGAGUUUCAGAACCAGCAGUGAGCUCACUGGCCAUCAGAAAACCCAUACUGGAGAAAAGCCAUAUCUGUGCACUACAUGUGGUACAUCCUUCAGGCAAAGCAGUCACCUCAAGACUCACCAGAAAAUCCAUACUGGGGAAAAGUCCUAUCGGUGUGCCUCAUGUGGGAAGAGUUUCAGAACCAACAGGGACCUCACUGUCCAUCAGAGGAUCCAUACUGGGGAAAAGCCAUAUCUGUGCACUACAUGUGGUAAGUCAUUCAGUCAAAGCAGCUCUCUCAAGACGCACCAGAAGUUCCAUACUGGAGAAAAUUCAUAUGAGUGUGCUACAUGUGGGAAGAGUUUCAGAACCAGCGGUGCGCUCACUACCCAUCAAAAAACACAUACUGGACAAAAGCCAUAUCACUGUUCAGAUUGUGGAAAAAGUUUCACUCAGGUAGUUCAUCUCAAGAAACACCAGAGAACACAUACUGGAGAAAAGCCAUAUCUGUGCACUACAUGUGGGAAGUCCUUCAGCGCAAGCAAUUAUCUCAAGAUACACCAGAUGAUGCAUACUGGAGAAAAGCCAUAUCACUGUUCAGAUUGUGGAAAGACUUUUACUCAGGCAGCUCAUCUCAAGAAACACCAGAAAAUCCAUACUGGGGAAAAGUCAUAUCUGUGCACUACAUGUGGGAAGAGUUUCAGAACCAACAGCAACCUCACUGCCCAUCAAAGAACACAUACUGGAGAAAAGCCAUAUCUGUGCACUACAUGUGGUAAGUCCUACAGUGAAAGCAGUUAUCUCAAGAAACACCAGAGGAUCCAUACUGGAGAAAAGCCAUAUCACUGUUCAGAUUGUGGAAAGACUUUUACUCAGUUAGUUUAUCUAAAUGCACACCUGAAGAUCCAUACUGGGGAAAAGCCAUAUCCGUGUUCAGAGUGUGGAAAGACUUUUGCCCUGCCAUUUUGUCUCAAGGUACAUCAGAGAACACAUACUGGGGAAAAGCCAUAUCUGUGCACUACAUGUGGUAAGUCCUUCAGUGUAAGCAGUUCUCUCAAGACACACCAGAGGAUGCAUACUGGAGAAAAGCCAUAUCACUGUUCAGAUUGUGAAAAGACUUUUACUCAGGCAGUUCAUCUCAAGACACACCAGAGGAUCCAUACUCGGUAGUCCUUCGGUAGAAAAUCUUUUAUUGUUAAAUGUCAUUAAAUGAUUUCUAAUUUCCAGGUACAUCAGAGGAUCCAUUUAGAGCAGGGGUUCUCAAACUUUUGUGGGCCGGGGACCCCUCAUGGAGUGGAAAAUUCUCCAAG